AUGCCCCGCAGCGUGGUCCACUACAUCGCGGCGGUCUACCAGCAGAAGAAGCAAGAGGUAGAUGCCGCAGCGGCCCAGGGCGAGAACCCAGAGAAGGCGCUCGAGACCCUGGCGAAGAUCGCCGAGGCGGCGGCCAAAGCGCGGGACAUGAGUAAGAGGUUCACGGCUACCCGGUGCUUCAGGGUAGAGACUAAAGAUUCCGAGGGUGCCGAGGUUCACAAGUGGAUCUUCGCGUGCAACUCCAUGGGAGACGUCGCGCGCAGCUUUGAGACCUUGCGGGGGAACCGCUGCCUCCAGGCCGCCGCGAUUACGUUGGACUGGGGCCAUGCGCCGCGGAGCCAGGCUGCGAGGUCCAUCGACUCCCCCGUUUUCAAGGGCGGCGAGGCCAAGGGGCCUAAGCGCCGCAGGCGUUGA